GCAGCUCUCAACGGGACUCACACUCUCCGCCUGCGGGACAAACCGCGAGGAGGACACCGCGACCAGUCUCACAGAGCCAGUCACUGUCAUCUAACCCGGCCUGACCGACCCACAUCCAUUGAGCGAUGGCAGAUGAGGAACUGGUGAAGAAGAUGGUACGGGCGGUGCUCCAGUCCGCUAAGAGUGGCGUGUCACUGUCUAACCUGCAGGUAGAGUAUAAAGACCUGACGGGUGAGCUCAUACCUUAUAAACAGUUGGGGUAUGCCACGCUGGAUGCCCUCCUGCACAGCAUGCCUUCGGUCGUGAAACUGGAUAAAGGGCAGUCUGGGGAGGUGGUAUGCCAUGCUACCACAGGAAACGAGAUGACCCACGUUGCUAAGCUUGCGGCCCGUCAGCGCACAGCUAAGAGGACCGGCCAACCUCAAGUGGUGACAUAA